AGAGUCCGGAGUCUAGAGUCCAGACCCAACCAAUCAAGUCUGGGAGCGGAAUCGUUAAUACGGUUCCAAGCGAAGCUCCAAACACCCUUCAAUUUUUUCACAAAUCCCAGACUCAACGACUCUACUCGGGGAGAAGAAUCGUCCUUUCUCCCCCAUCAAACGAAUCGACACCGAAUCUCUGUUAAAUCGACCGUGUAUAUAAAUGUUUUUGCGUUUCUAUUGCAGAGAUUGAUUUUGAUUGAGCCUAAUCGCUAUUGUGUUUGGCCUGGCGUCAUAAAUUUCCUUACUUGAGUACGCAAAUGGAUUUCUCAGAACAAGAUGCUGAUUUAUUCGGUGAAGAAGAGUCCGAGCAGGAAGGAGAGCCCGAGCCCGUGAAGGACGAAGAAGACAGUCACCACUCUUCUUCUUCGUCUUCAUCUUCGUCUUCCUCUGCCUCUUCUUCCAACGGUAGCGGUGGAGAGUCUAGUAGUAGUGGUAGUGGAAGCGGCAGUGCUAGUAGCAGCGAUGGAGAAGAUGAAGAAGAAGAUGGAGAAGAAGCAGAGAAGCCAAGUGCCUCAGAAGAGAAAGAUCUCUUUGGUUCUGAUAAUGAAGAAUACUGUAGAACCCCCGCUACGAGCCGUUAUUCGGUGCCUGUACUACCUCCUAUCCGAAACAAUAACAACCAUGCUAGAGGGACUUUUGGGCGUGGUCGCUGGCAGUCUGGAUACCAUAAUGAUAGAGGGCAUGGCAUCCUCCCUCGUCCUGGGCCUUAUCAUCAAAGGCAGAACUAUGGUUUUGGCAAUAAAUUUUCAAAUGGCCGUCAUGAUGAACGUUUUGUUUCUGAUUUGAAGCUUACAAAGAGUGAAGAAACUUUAUCUAGGAAAUGUACUUUAUUUCAGGAGCCCUGCGAAGUCGCUUGUUAUAGCCGCGUCGAAGGUGGCGAUGUUUACUUUGAUGACCAAAGCCUUAGACUUUUUAAGCGCCUUAUUACAGAAGAUGUUGGAGCUGAUUUGAAUCAAGGGUUUGAAUCUUUUAUUGCUAAAAAAGAAUUGGGCAGCCAAGGGUUUGGUGACCUUCUUGAUUGCAUCAGAGACAAGAAAAUUCCACUCCAAAAUAUUCACUUUGUGACUUUCCGCAACAAUCUUAACAAGAUAUUGGCAACUGCUUAUAAUAGGCACGAGCCUUGGGAAAUGGGAGUGCACAAGAGAAAUGGAGUUGUGUACCUUGAUGUUCACAAACUUCCAGAAAGGCCACAAAGUGAACUAGAUCGUCGAAGAUGCUAUUGGGGCUAUUGUUUUGAACACCUUGCCACUGAAGAUUCGAGAAGAUCUGAUGGUGAGGGGAUACAUGACAUAGAUGCAAAUGUUGAAUUCUGUUCUGUGAUCAAAACUAAACUAGGGGCUCAUCGUAUUAUUAUGGGUGCUGAGAUGGACUGCUGUGAUUCCACUGAUGAUGGAAGGAGAUUCUAUAUCGAGUUGAAGACAAGUCGUGAGUUGGAUUAUCAUACUGAAGAAAGAUAUGAAAGAGAUAAACUUCUCAAGUUUUGGAUCCAGUCAUUCUUGGCAGGUGUUCCUUACAUUGUUAUUGGAUUUAGGGAUGAUGCAGGUCGACUUGUCCGGACAGAAAGGCUAAGAACCAAAGAUAUAACACAAAGAGUAAAGAUGAAAGGCUAUUGGCAGGGAGGAGUCUGCUUGGCGUUUGCUGAUGAGGUAUUGUGCUGGCUCUAUGGGACAGUAAAAGAGAAUGAAGAUUAUAUCUUGCAGUUUGCUCAUCCUUUCAACCGCUUAGAACUUUUGCAAGCCCAGUCUUGCCCAGAUGUGAUUACCAACCAUAUACAAGCUAUUGGAAGCAUAUGACAUCAAUCAUAAAAAUUCUAUUUUUAUAUAGGUGCUGCCCAAAAAAAAUUAUAGUUUUUUUUUUUUAAUUGUUGGGAGGGAGGAUUACACAGCCAAGAAGCUUCCAGAAAUAUAAUUUUUGUUGUAUUUCUAUUUUCAUCUGAAGGGGGGUUUCUAAGGAAAGGAGGGGGGUGGGGCUUGAGAUGAUAGAAGAACUUGUUUUCAUCUGAAUACAGACAUAGCGGCCAUUUAAUUGUUGUAGGAAGCUACCUCAUUAGUUGAUUAACCACAGAUUUCAACCUUCUGUAAGGCUUUACUUUAUUUAUUAAUUGAAAUUUAUAAUUUUACAACAA